AUGUCCAUGUUGCCGUGCCGUGUGUUGUGUCUGUUGGCCAUUGUGCUCUGCUGUGUGGGUGUGGCUCAUGCUGAAUCUGCUGCUGAUGAUUAUCCAGAUAGUUUCCAAGGAUUUGUUGAGCGGGCGAGAAAGAUAGUUAACAAGACUUUGAGACUGAAGGAGGAGUGCGUGAACGCCGGCAUGGCUGCUCUAAAGGCAGCGGAUGAAGCUCAACUAUUUGUUGAUACCACAAAGGAGAAACUGGAAAACAUUGCUGCUGAUCAAGAAGAGGUAAAAAGAACGAAGAUUAAAGGUGAUGAACUCAUUGAAAAUGCAAUGAAGGCUGCAGAAAAAGCAAAAGAAUUAGCCGACAAAAUUUUUGAAAGUAAAACUGAAAAUGAAAAAAAAACGGCUGUUCUCUUUCAGGAAGAACUAGAUAAGGCAAGGGAAGUAUUUAAAGAUGCAGAAAACGCGGCACAUGAUGCUGAACAACAUGCCGAAAAAGCGGUAAAGCUUGCUUUUCUUGUAUUGGAAGUCCUACAGAAACUCGAAGCCGCAGUUGCUGCUGCCAAAGAGAAGGGGAAAGAAAAACAGGUGGAGCCUCAGCCACAGGAACAGACAAAUGAAACAUCUCUUCUACCCAAUAAUGCUUCAAUAACGAAUGGCACCAAACGAAAUGAC